CCUGCAGAAGGCAGAAGGUGGCGCGCUGAGUCCACCGGAGUGUGGUCACCCAGCAUGGCCUUGAGUGCCCUGACCCGCGCUAUGGGCUCCCUGAGUCUGGGGUCUCCAGCUGUCACCCACUCCGUCCAGAAUCUGUUCCUCGCCUCCCAGGUGAUCAGCAGUGCCGUCCUCCAACUGCCGCCCACCUUGCUGUUCCCCUCCUGCCGCCCAUUCGUCACUUCCACAGCCCUUCAUGCCAAGUUUGUUUCUUGGAAGAGUCGUACCAAGUACACCGUAGCACCUGUGAAGAUGAGGAAGACAGGGGGCCGCGAUCAUACAGGUCGCAUCCGAGUGCAUGGCAUUGGCGGGGGCCACAAGCAGCGCUAUCGUAUGAUUGACUUUCUGCGUUUCCGGCCAGAGCAGGACACUCAGCCUGGCCCGUUCAAGGAGAAGGUCAUCACAGUCCGCUAUGACCCUUGUAGGUCGGCAGACAUAGCCCUGGUGGCUGGGGGCAGCCGGAAGCGCUGGAUCAUUGCCACCGAAAACAUGCAGGCUGGAGAUAUUCUCCUGAACUCUGACCGCAUAGACCAGAUGGCAGUUGCCGCCCAGGAAGGCGAUGCGCAUCCUCUUGGGGCCCUGCCUGUGGGAACCCUCAUUAACAACGUGGAAAGCGAGCCAGGUCGGGGAGCCCAAUACAUCCGAGCUGGUGGUAGAGCUGCAUUUCUCUCCUCCCCAGGAACGUGCGGCGUGCUGUUGCGCAAAGUGAAUGGGACAGCCAUCAUCCAGCUGCCCUCCAAGAGGCAGAUGCAGGUGCUGGAAACGUGCAUAGCAACCGUGGGCCGAGUGUCCAAUGUUGAUCAUAACAAACGAGUCAUCGGCAAGGCAGGUCGCAACCGCUGGCUGGGCAAGAGGCCCAACAGCGGGCUGUGGCAGCGCAAGGGGGGCUGGGCUGGCCGAAAGAUUCGCCCGCUGCCCCCCAUGAAGAGUUACGUGAAGCUGCCCACUGUCUCUGCUGCCCAAAGGUGACAUCCUCCCCAGUGUACACCCUGGCUCUAAUAAAACGGCCCCUUUUCCCUCGUUUUCAUCCUU